AUGCAACUCGAGUCCGUCCAGUCCCUCGACCUACUUGCAACUAUUGGAGACAAACACAAGCUGGCGCCUCUCAAACGACCCGGCCGCUCGCACUUUCGCCACACCUUGCUGCGGUACCUCUUCCCGCCGGCUGUCCGAGACCGCUACCGCGAGAGGCUGCUCAACUUCCACCUCGACACUGUCCCGCGCCUCAAGCACGGGCUGCAGUCGCGCAUAUACCGUCUGGUCCUUUCGCGCCAGCAGAAGCGCCGGGACAGGUCCAGGAUCAUCGACAUCGUCUCGAGAAAGACCGGCCGGCUGCUCCUCGGACCUGCGCCGCCGCCGCCUCCGCCGCCUUCGCGGGCCUCCUCGCUGCGCCGUCACGCCCACAACAGGCAGGGCAAGGAUGUGAAGUUGGAAGCGCAGGGCAGCAGCAGAGAAAUGCAGCCGUCGUCGUCUUCGCAAUGGGGCGCAUACGGCUCCCAGGGAAACGGGGCGCCGCCGGGGGCGUACGGGCCCGACGUCGGCGGGCGUGAGCCGGGGACGCGGCGCCGCAAGAUCGCCGCCAUGGCCGGCAACGUCUACCGGGCCGGCGUGGCCGCGGCGAGCGAGAUCCGGGAGCAGUACAGCAACACGCGCUUCCGGGGGCUGGACACCUCGGACGAGAAGAUGACCAUCCCCGGCUCGUUCCCGGACGUGGCCAUCGUCACGCACGGGGACGAGCAGAUGGUGCUGUUCCCUUCGUACGCCAAGCGCCACGUGCGCCAGUUUGAUGACAACGGGGAGCCGCUCGUGCGGUCGGCCGUCGACGCCGACAUGAACGAGGAGCAGUACUGGCGCCAGGAGUGGCAGAAGAUGGAGGACAAGAAGGCCAUCGUCGACGUCGACGUGCGGGGCUGGAUCUACUCGCCGCAUAAGGGCCCGAUGACGAGGAAGAACCGCAUGCUGAUCGGCCUCGCGAGGAGGCUAAGCGGUAUCCCGCCGCCGACGAUGCAGACUGACGAGGAGCACCACAUGACGCCUCAUGAGGAGCGCGAAGAGUUGAGAGAGCAACAGCGCAUUGCGAAUGAGGCGGAAGCUAUCGAGAAGAAGGGCCAGGGCGAGAAGGAGAUUGGCACGCGCGGGGGCUACAGCGAGGAGCCCAGAGAUGAUGACGAUGAUGCGGCGAGCCUGGCUCCGCCGAGGAAAGGCAGUGGGCACGAAAGCUUCGGCUCUGCGCCGCCAUCGCCGACGCUAUCGGCGCGGACGUCGUGGAAUAGCGCCGCUGACCUGACCAAGGCGGAGCUCGCGGUGGCCAAUGCCAACCUCAUGGCACGUCUGGGCCCUUUCUUGACCACGCCGUUGAUUCAACUACCUAUCACUCUGUUCUUUUACAACGACGAGACGUCACAGUCGCGGACGGUCAUGACAAACGAUGCCGGGCACUUUGAGAUGCGCGCAGCCCUCGACUUUGUGCCGACGCAUGUACGAGUACUCGCAAACGAGGGCCUGUCGGCCACAGAGCCGGUCAGCAUCAUCGAGAGCCAGGGCAUCAGCUUGAUCAGCGACAUUGACGACACGGUCAAGCGGUCCAACAUCUCUCUCGGCGCGCGCGAGAUCUUCCGCAACACCUUUAUCAGAGACUUGGGGGACAUGAGCGUCGACGGCAUCAGCGAGUGGUACAACUCGCUCCACGAGAUGGGCGUCCAGUUCCACUACUGCUCCAACAGCCCGUGGCAGCUGUUCCCGGUCCUGGCCACGUUCUUCAAGGGCGCCCAGCUGCCGCCUGGAUCGCUGCAUCUGAGGGCGUACAGCGGCAUGUUGCAGGGGAUCUUUGAGCCGGUGGCCGAGCGGAAGAGGGGGACGCUUGAUAAGAUCUUGAAGGACUUUCCGGAGAGAAAAUUCCUUCUCGUGGGCGACAGCGGAGAAGCUGACUUGGAGGUGUAUACCGAACUUGCCCAGUCCCACCCGGGCAGGGUCCUGGCGGUCUUCAUCCGUGAUGUCACGACGCCUGAGCAAGCGGGCUAUUUCGAUGCCGGGAUAGACCCGAGCAUUCUGAGGCGCAAGGCCACGGCUGCCGCACCGGUGGCCAGUAACGGUAACGGGAGGAACGAUGACACCGAGCAACGGCCAGCGCUGCCGCCGCGCGUACGGUCCGAACCUCCUCCACCAGAGGGACCCGUCAUGGGCGACCUCAUCGACUUUUCCGAUGAACCGCCGGCAAUGGACCAGAACGGCGCAAAAGAGCUCCACGAGCUCAAGCAAGAGGCGAAGGCCGGGCGGGAACCCAGCGCACUCGACCUCCUGUCUCGGAAAGCACCGCCGCCACGCCCUAAGAAGCCGAUGGCGCUCCGAGGCGCACCCUCAGACGUCCCUGCUGCACAGCCCAAUAGCGAUGUCCAAGGGCCCGCACCCCCUGAUCCACGUCAACAACGCGUCCGAGCAGGGCUACCCCUCGGCGCCGUCCAGCCGCGAGCCCACGCCGCAGCCCAGACUCCGCGACGAGACGAGCCGCUCCUCCUCCCCGGCGUCGUCCACGUCGGCAAGGGCCCCUCCGCCGCCGCCUCGCCGCCGCGGCACGCCGACGGGCAGCCUGAACCUGAGCCCGCGCGUGGUGCCUGCUUCCUCCUCGGCGGCGGUGCCUCCGCUGCCGGCCAGGCGCGGCACGGGGGCCAGCCUGGACUCGCUGGAGCCGCUGCCCCCUUCCGCUUCCGCGGCGGCGACGCCCAGCGCGGCCCAGCAGCAGCAGCAGGCGGCGGCGACGACGGUGAACAAGAAGGUCGAGAUCUGGCGGCGGAGGCUGGCGCGGGCGCACGAGGCGCUGGACCAGCAGGGGGUCGCGCUGUACACGUGGCGCCGCGGGGACGACGUGGUGCUCGAGGCGGUGGGGAUCGUCAGGGAGGCUAUGAGGGGACUGCAGGCGCAGGGGCGAGAUUCUCGGGGUCGUGGGUCGGGGUAGUAGGGAGUCUUGAGCAGGCUUUGAUGGUCGAGGCUGUUGGGCGUCUUUCCCAUGUUUCUGCCUUUGAUCCUUUCUGCUAUACUCACGACAAGAACACGACCAACGGGAGUGAGUGA